AUGGACCCCCGUACCAGUGCCCAGGACGUGAUGCGAUGUGACUUGUGUGAGACUGCUGUGGUACAGAUGCACUGUGAUACAUGUCUUGUCAACCUGUGUAAGGCCUGUGUGGGAGAACACAUUUCAACAAAUGAAUCCAAAGAUCACAAAGUUGUCAAAUUUCAGUCUAGAAAUAGUGCUCCCCUCUACCCUGGAUGCACAAAUCACUCAGACAACAGCUGUGACUUGUUUUGCAAAGAAUGCAAUACUCCAGUCUGCUCCGCUUGUAUUGCCUCCAAAAAACACAAAGAACAUGACAUCCUCUUGCUUAAGGACAAACUUGCUGGAAGGAAAGAGGAAGUACAGACAGAAAUUAAUGAAUUGGAAAAAAUCAUCUCUCCAACCUACUUGGAUAUAGCAGCAGAUGUACAAAACACAUUAAGUCAACUAGAUAAGAAAUAUGAAGAACUCCCAACAGACAUAACAAAACAUGGAGAGGACUGGCACAGAGAAAUUGACAAACUUGUCAAGAAACUUAAAGAUGAAGUUGACGACAUGAAAAACAACCAUAAGGAAACUCUGAAAAAGCAUUUAUCAAAUAUUAAUAUCUGCAUCUCUAACAUAAAUGAUGAUGUUGAAUCUUUGCACAAAAUGAUGAAUUCUAGUGAUGUUUUCCAAAUGUUAAACUUCCAAUUAGACUCUGCAAAAUAUAGAAAAUUACCAUCUAAACUCAGUGCAAGCACAGUGCGUUUCUCACCAUAUGCUGUACCUGAACAAAUCUCUGAAAUGUUUGGAAAAAUAAAACCAACAACAAUAACAGCUGAUGAGGAUGGUUAUAGUUUGAAAAAUGGUCAGGAAUCAUCAGAAGCUGCGUUCGCCCCUCUGAAAAGGAACUCACCAAAAACUAAAUUCUCUCCUCCAGUAAAUCAAGUGCUUGAUGAACCAAAAAUGGUCUCAAACUUUACAACAGUGUAUAAGAAAGAGCAAAGAAACACCAAGUUUAAAGAAGAGAAAGAAGAGCAAAGGGACUUCGGAUUUAAAAAAGAGCAGGGGUCAAACACUGAUUAUAAAGGAAGAAAGAGGGGCACUGAUUAUAAAGGAAAGAAGAAGGACACUGGUUAUAAAGGACAUUGUUUGAACACUAGUUAUGAAAGACAAGGGUGGAACACUGAUUAUAAAGGAAAUAAGAGAGGCACUGGUUAUAAAGGAGGUGGGUGGAACACUGAUUAUAAAGAACAGGGGUGGAGCACUAAAGAAGAGAAAGAAGAGCAAACGGACUUUGGAUUUAAAAAAGAGCAGGGGUCGAACAUUGCUUAUAAAGGAAAAAAGAGGGGCACUGGUUAUAAAGGCCAGGGUGGUUAUAAAGGACAAGGAUGGAACACUGAUUAUGAAGAACAAAGAUGGAACACUGGUUAUGAAGGAGAGGGAUGGGACACUGGUUAUGAAGGACAAGGAUGGAACACUGGUAAUGAAGCAGGGGGAUGGGGUACUGGUUAUGAAGGACAAGGAUGGAACACUGGUAAUGAAGGAGGGGGAUGGGACACUGGUUAUGAAGGACAAGGAUGGAACACUGGUUAUGAAGGAGGGGGAUGGGACACUGGUUAUGAGGGACAAGGAUGGAACACUGGUUAUGAAGGAGGGGGAUGGAACACUGGUUAUGAAGGAGAGGGAUGGGGCACUGGUUAUGAAGGAGAGGGAUGGGGCACUGGUUAUGAUGGAGAGGGUAGGGGCACUGGUUAUGAAGGAGGGUGGUCGGACACUGAUUUUAAAGGACAGGAUGAUUACUGA